AUGCAUGUAAAUGCCCUGGUCUUCCUGAAGAGCAACACAAGGAAGUGUAGUGUCCUCGGAAGGGCUAAGGUCAAGUUAUUGACGACCUACACCGAAACUAAACGCAACAAACAUGUCGAACAAGGACGAGGGGCUGCCUGCACGUACGCUGCUCUGAUCUUGGCUGAUGAUGAUAUCGCCAUCACGUCGGAGAAGCUGCAGACGCUGCUGAAGGCUGCCAACGUGACCGUGGAGCCGUACUGGCCGGGUCUGUUCGCCAAGGCGCUCGAGUCGACCGACAUCAAGUCACUGCUCAGCAGCGUGGGCUCAUCAGUGGGUGCUGCGCCAGCCGCUGCCGCCCCGGCCGCCGCGGCGGAGGCCCCGGUUGAAAAGAAGGAGGAGAAGAACGAGGAGCCUGAGGAGUCAGACGAUGACAUGGGCUUCGGUCUCUUCGACUAGUGCCCGCAGCUCUUCAUGUCAUCAUUGUUUUAAUAAACAAAUGAACGGGCGCUGACGUA